AAAAAUGAAUGCACCCAAAGCCAUUCCUUUCAUAAAAUACAUCAACAAUCAAUUUCAAGUGGAUCCUCAAGCUGAAUAAUUCCUAACCUCCCUUGGAUCAGAAAAACUGGGAGUUGUCUCCAUUGUAGGCAAAUAUAGAACCGGCAAAAGUUUCUUCGUCAAUCGAGUCCUUCUGAAUCAACAAGCAGGAGGUUUCUCAGUCGGUCCCACCAUAAAUCCUUGCACCAAGGGUUUGUGGAUCUGGAGUCAAACUAUCACAGCCUAAAAUGCUGAAUUCCCAGAUAUGAAGGCCAUUAUCAUCGAUACUGAAGGAUUCGGAGGCAUGGAUGAGAAUGUCAAUCACGAUACCAGGAUAUUCCUGUUCAGUCUCCUCUUGAGUAGUUACUUCAUUUACAAUUCUGUUGGUAACAUUGACGAAAAUGCCCUCAACACUUUGAAUUUGAUAGUCAAUCUUGCGAAGGUAAUUAUAAAUUCAUAACAAUUAUAGGACAUUUAAUAAAACAACGAAAAUACCUUCCCUCAAUUCUUGUGGAUUGUCAGAGAUUUCGCACUUCAAAUGGUCGACCAACAAGGCAACCCCAUCAAUCCUAAACAAUAUCUGGAAAACAGCUUGGAAUUGCUCAAGGGAUUGUCUGAUUCUGUGGAAUAAAAGAAUAGAAUAAGGAGGAUGAUCAAACACUUCUUUAGAGAACGAGAUUGUAUGACGAUGGUCAGACCAGUUGAGAAAGAAGAAGAUCUCCAAAAAUUGGACGCCCUCCAUGAAAGUAGCUUCAGGGGGGAAUUUGUGUCGCAAUUGAAAGAGGCCAGAUCUAAGAUUUUCAAACGAGUUCGACCUAAGUCUGUUUAAGGAAGCAUGGUUAAUGGAAUUUAGUUAUUGCAAUUGGCAAAGGCCUAUGUUGAUUUGAUCAAUGGCGGUAAAGUGCCAAAUGUGGAAUCUGCAUGGGGUUACGUAUGCAAGGCUGAAGGAGAGAGAGCACUCAGAGAAUGCAUAAACAUGGCUGAAUAAUCUAUUGAAAAGCUGAAGAAUCAGGUGAUCUAAGAUUUGCCUGCUGUCAAAUAGCAAUUGCUGGAUUAGGUUAGAAAGUAAUUCAGAUUGAAAGCCAUAGGAUCCGAGGAUGAUCUCAAACAAUUUACAGAAAAGUUAGCAGAACAAUUUGAAGAUAAAUUCAAAGAACUCAAACAAAGUAAUAAAAGAAAUCUCAAGGUAUAUAUAUUUGAAAUCAUUAUUUAGAAUCAUCAAUCCAAAGUCUUAUAACCUCAUAUUGAAAAUAUAUUGGAGAAAUUAAAAAAUGACGAAUUUUCUAAUUAUUAUGAAUUACAAUCAGAAAUGUUUAAAAUUAGAGAUCAAUUUUAAAAAGAGGUCGGCAGAAAUUAAUAGGUUUCUUAGUUAUUUGAUGAAAUGAGUUUAUAAAUUUAUCAAUAAGCAGCUGAGAAACUCACCAGAAAGGCUUCCUAAUAAACUAAUUAAGAGAAUAAACAAUUACAGUAUAAAGUAUAGAAUUUGGAGAAAGAAGUGAAGGCAUUAUAAGAUGAGAAGCAUUAAUUGGAAUUGCAAGCUCAUAGCAAAUUGGAGAAGUUAAGUAAGGAAAAUGAAUUACUAUCUAAAAGUGAGUUGCAGCUUAAAACACAAUUCUAAUAAAUUUAACAAUAGACACAUUAAGUUCAAUAACAGAGUCAACAUCAAAUUCAAUAACAUGAUAAAUAAUUAGCCUUAGUUACUCAAGAAAAUGCCUUCUUGUAAAAAGAAAUACAAAGUUUGAAUGAUAGAUCUUCACAAUUGGACAAUGAAAACAAGAAACUCAGAUAAGAAUUGAUCACAUAAAAGGCUGCCAAUGAAUAGUUAUAAUAAAAGUGCCAUUCUUUAGAUUAUGGAAGGGCUUAAGAGAUUCAAAAGUUGCAACUAGAAUUCGAAAAAAAAAUACAAGAAUUAAAUAAUGAUAUCGAUUCAAAGAAAUAAACAGCUAGAUAAUAAAGUGAAUGGAUGGUCGAAAAAUCAUAUUUAGAAAAUCAAGUGACAUUCUUGAAGAGCUAGUUAGAUGAAAACAAAAGAUUGCAUGAUGCCCUAUUAAUUGCCUUAUAAUGUAAGUAUUACAAUCUAAUUUUAAGCUUAAAAUAAUCCAAGUAAUGAUUAUUAGGAGUCAGCUCUAGAACUUUUAGAAACCAACAGAAAUCUCUCUGCUGCCAUGGAUAAAAUGGAAAUGAGAUGCAAGUAAUUAGAAGAAAAAGUCACUAAACUUAAAAAAUUCAAAAAGAUCUUCAAAAAUAGUUCCAGUAUUGUUUGCUUAAAUUGUAAUAGACAAUAUUAAAGCAAUGGAUUUAGUUAACAUUUAUCAAAUUGUAUUGAUAAUAAUCCUUGUAAUCCAAUGGUUUAAACUUAAUAACAAUAAUAAUAAUAAUAAUAAUAAUAAUAACAAUAAUAAACAAACUAAUCAAAUAUCUAAGCUCACAAUCAAUCUCUUAGUCAUCCUCUACCACCUCCAAUUGAUUUAAGUUAAUUAUAAAUAUCAAUCAAUCAAACAAUGGUUAGAGAGACUCCUGAUAACAAACCUUACACUGAAUACAUGAUAAGAGUGUAAUAUAAUUUAAAGAAAUGGACUAUUUCCAGAAGAUAUAAAAACUUUUGUGAAUUACAUUAAGCCAUCAUUCAAUAAUAUCCCAAUUUGAAAAUGCCAGAAUCAAGCUCAGCCAUCAUCAAUACAGCUGAUAUUGGCAGUGUAUUUAAUGCUAAACGACCUACAGUCAUUGAAGACAGAAGAAGAGCCUUACAAUCAUAUAUCAGAGAUUUAGCUAAACUAGACCCAGUCAGAAAUUCAACAGCUUAUCGUAAAUUCUUAGAAUUAGACACCAUAGAUUAGGUUGAACAACCUAGCAGAAGCAUGUCAUAAAGUAAGAGAUACAUAUAUAAAUUUAGUGGGCUCACCUAAGAAUGAAGGACUUCAAUCUUCUAGAGAUUAUGGAAGAGAAUCUCUAUCAGUUAUGCCUAAACCAUUUUGGAAGUAGUCAACAUAAUAAAUUGCCAUUGGUGCUUCUACUUCAAGGGAAUAGAAAUAUGAAGAUGUUCCUCCUUAGAAUAACUAUGCUAGAUAGAAAGAAAAUUAACCAACUUCAUCUACCUCCAAUUUAAAUACCAAAAUUGAUAGAAAAUUGUUACCUUAAUCACCUCAAUCAUUCCUAAAGGCAUUCUAGAAAUAAUAAGAAAGUAAAAUAUUAUUUUAAUUAAAAGCUUCUAAAGUCUAUAAGAUGCAUCAUUAACAUUCAUUACUAGAAAUAUCAGGAGACAUACAAUGA